AGGACAAGAAAGACAAUGCUUACUUGGUAGAUACUGUUCAGCAAUAUAAUGCCACGUAAACUUCCAUUUCGAGUGGUGCAUGUGUCGGGCCAGGAUGAUGGAUACAAAGCUGUUGAACUAAAUGUCCACAGUCCAUUGACCAGGGGAUGGCAAGCUUCAAGGUACUGUCUAUAUCCUCAGGACCUCAUCGUACAGCUGGAUGCUCGUUCACGGUUAAGAAAAAUUCAGAUUUUAUCUCAUCAAUUUUUAGUAGCCACAAAGAUCGAGUUUUUAGUGGGUGAUGUCCCUGAAGAUAUGGUUCUGUCUCCAGACAAUGCCAGAUAUACACGACUAGGGUAUGUGUCCCUGUCAGACAAUGAGAAGACAGGCUUUAAGUCACGAGAGCUAAAGUCUGUACACGUUGAUGCUAUAGGCCAGUACCUGAAGAUACUUGUACAUAAAAACCAUGUAAACAAACACAAUGUGUAUAACCAGGUCGGAGUUAUUGCUGUAAAUAUAAUCGGUGAUGUCAUCUCACGGCCAUCAGAUCUAACAGAUAGGAUUAAGCGAGAUUAUUACUUAAACCCGGAACAGUCUAAAAGGUUAGAAUACAUGGACGACGAGGAAAGUGGCGUUAGACCAGAUUACAUAUCACCUCUUGAUGACUUGGCAUUUGAUAUGUACCAGGACCCAGAAAUAGCCAGCAUUAUACGCAAACUGGAAAAGAAAAAGAAAGAAGCCGUUCUCCAGGAGAGGUUUGAUUAUGCAAAGAAGCUUAAGACUGCUAUUCUGGACCUACAGAAGGUAGGCGAGAAGUUAGGCAAGUACGAGGUGGAGAAACGUCAAGCUGUUGAAAAUGAGGAUUAUGACAAGGCCGCUCUCAAAAAAGUUCAGAUGGAGGAAUAUCGCUUACAAAUCUACCGUGACCUCAACCUGGGUGAUCUGUUGGAGACAACAGGGUCGAGGCAUCCCCAGCAUGUAGACCUUGAACCUGUAAGGGAACCGACACCACCUCGUCUCAGCCAUUUAUCACCGAGAACUCCACCCAGGACUCCACCGCCAAGGACACCUUAUGAUGAGCGACCCCUUCCUGCAAUGAAAAAUAAAGGGGACACAACUCAGCGAGAACAGAUUCCAUCACCACGCUCCCGGACGCCAUACGACGAACGCCAAUUACCUGUUAACAACUAUACCAAGCGCUAUGUGAAACCAACUCAGAUUGCCAAACGUUUCAUACCUCCCCCAGUGACAGAGGAAGAAGAACAAGUGGCAGACACAGGAGGUGGGGGCAUCACGGGCGAGCCAGAACCCAUGUCUGAGAAAGAUUUACGUGAGGCAUCAGCGGCAGUGGACGUAUUUGGAGAACCACUGGUGGCCAAAGCCUACAGUAAGACCUGGUCCUACCGGGAGGAUGCCUUACUGGCUGUAUAUAAACAGAUGUCAGAGAUGCAGACAUCCACACCUAAGGAUGAGGUUAAGUCAGCAUUGAAGGGGGCUGUGUACUUGUGUAAACGUGCCAUUCGAGACAAGGUUUAUGCUGUAUUUAAGGCUGGCCUGCACCUCCUCAAAAUGCUGCUUACAGAAUAUAUACCCAAACACAGGUUGGGCAAGUCAGAUAUUGUCCACACAGUGGAGUUGGUCAUGCCUGAGCUGUUCAACAAGUCUGCUGACACGGCUUCAAGGAAUCGAGAAGAUGCAAAAAAUUUUAUCAGAGAAAUGGCAAAUUUCCCUGAUGUACGACCCACCAAUGUUGUACCACAUGAAUGUCUGAAGCCAAUUAAGAUGACAUUAGCACCCCGACCAGCUCAGUCACGUGUGGAAAUUGUGGAGAUGUUGUACAAAAGUCUAGGAGUCAAGGGUAACACAGGGAUGACAAUAGACAACAUUAUGAACUUCUGUGUAGUGGCCUUGGGUCACACUGCAGGAGAGGUGAGAGAAGUAUCAGAACGGAUCAUCAGGACAAUGUACAAAGAAAACCCAGGGGACCGUCAAACCAUCAAAGAUCAUUUACCACCUGACGACGAGAGAACGCGAAAAAACACAAUGUAUCGACAGCUUUUUGAAUAUUUUGACAAAGUGGAUGGCAAGCCAAGCAAAUCUGAUAUUAAGAGACAGAAGGCAGAGGAGGAAUCAAGGAAACAAGAGGAGAUAGAGGCGCUCCAGAAUCAGCUACAACAACUGCGCAGCAUGGCUGCUGGCAAACAGCCAGUGGAUGAGAAUGUGUUGAAAACAGAAUCCAAGAAACCUACAAAGAAAGCAUUGAACAAGUCAAAGCCGAAACAGAAGGAAGACGAUGAUGCUUCUGUCUACAACAUGGAUCAUAUCUGUAUAUUCUGUGAGGAACACAAUCCCAGCUUUACUGAGGACGGACUAGAUCUGCACUACUGGAAACACUGUCCUAUGUUAAAACGCUGCACUAACUGUAAACAGGUUGUGGAGAUUGCCAGCUAUACAGAUCACUUGUUAUCAGAAUGUGAGGCGAAAGGAAACUACGCCAGGUGUCCUCAGUGUACAGAAGCCAUACCGAAGUCCGAGUACGCUCAGCAUAUAGCAGACAAAAGUUGUAAAGCUGCCGAACCAGACAAGAAUCACUGUCCAUUAUGUCACCAGAAUAUUUCUGCUGGGGAGGAUGGAUGGAAGAAGCAUUUAAUGGGAAAAGAUGGAUGUAAACAGAACCCACGGCGUCUGCUGGCCCUCAACAAACAGCCACCCCAGGGUCAGACAAAAGGUCGAGGUGGAGCUAAAGGGGGCGUUGGACGGGGAAAGAAACGGUAGUUCCAGCAGCAAGGGUGACUUGGGAAUCAAUUUAGUGGAGCUGACAUGUUACACAGUGUAAAGAUAACUCAACAGGGAGACUGUUACAUAUGCAGAGAAAAAUCAAACAACAGGAUGAUGGACAAAGGAUCUGUGAUACCACAGACAAGAUGGAGCUGUUAAACAAUGUUGUCCAUCUACAUGUAUUUAAUUUUACAGUCUCCUUGUUUACUAUGUGUAGAGCAUUGGGUGGGAAAUCUGUUGGAAUAUCUGUAGAAGGAAGAAAAAUUUCAAACUUUUUAAAAUUUAGCUGUUUUUCUCAGUGGACUUUGCUGAACCACAGACAUCUAGAUGUGAUGUUUUGUGUUAAGUACAUCAAUUCUUUUCUUCCUGCUAUCAAACUAGUACUUCUUAUCUCAGUUACAAGUAUAUUCUGUACUCUGUUGUCCUCGUCUGAUUAUCCAACAUUGGAUAUAGACAUUGUGGUAGUUUGUAUACAUGGUUCUGUAAAGGGAAACAGAGGGAUGGGAAAGGAUGUGCAGAGGUUGUUAUCAGAGUAAAAACAGGUGUACAUGGAAACGUUCGCCCAAAUAUUCACAACCUCCGUUUGUCCAAUAAGAUUCAUGUCACUGCACAGUUAGAUGUCAUAUGUAGUAAUAAUAGUUCUGACAUUUGUUGUCUUGAUAAAUUUUGAACCGGGACAAAAAAGUCAAUCUAAGGUUAAAGAUUCCCUGUAUAUAUACUGAAAAAUGCAUAUGUGUGAUGGACAAGGAAA